AUGCAUCUCGAACUGGUUCUCGUGGGUCUCGCCGCCCUUACGGCAGCUAUGCCACUCGAUAAGAGGGGUGACGACUCCGCGAAUCAAGCCCAAGAUAUCAACUACAAGGAAUACGCCGGCUACCGCCCGUACUAUCAGUACGGAGAUUAUUCCUCACCGGCCGAAGCAGAGGCAGCGAAGAUGCAGCAAGAAUCAGCGGCCACGAACAUGAAGCGCGACGAACCCUUGUCCAAACAGGAGGUGUACGAUAAGUACGACAAGUACGAGACCUACGGCGUCUACUACGAGAAUUACAAUCCGUACCCUGCUUCUGUAGAAGCCGAAGCCGCGAAGAUGAACGCCAAGAUGGAGAAGCGCCAUAUUGUGGAUAUGCCCAAGGACAUGAUGGAUCAGAUGGCCAACAGCGAGAAGCGUGACGAGCCCAAGGAGGUUCAGGCUGCAGGGGAUUCUUGGUACCAGUCUUAUAUCCCCUACUCAAACUACGGCAAGUACAGCGGCGCAGCUGAGGCCGAAGUCGCCAAAGCUGGAUGCAUCAUGGCUGCGAGUGGCUGCGUUGAAUGA